AUGUGUGUCUAUGGUCUCUCCACAGAGAAGGAUAGAGGUGGGGAACCAAAAAAUGAGGACGGCAAUGUAGAGGACCCUUCUAAGAAGAAGAAGCAGCGGAGACAAAGGACUCACUUCACCAGCCAGCAGCUACAGGAGCUGGAGGCCACUUUCCAGAGGAACCGCUACCCUGACAUGAGCAUGAGAGAGGAGAUAGCAGUGUGGACCAAUCUGACAGAGGCCAGAGUGAGGGUCUGGUUUAAAAACCGCAGAGCCAAGUGGAGGAAGAGAGAACGCAACCAACAGAUGGACCUGUGCAAAAAUGGCUAUGUUCCUCAAUUCAGUGGUCUCAUGCAACCCUAUGAUGAUGUGUAUGCUGGCUACCCAUACAACAACUGGGCUACUAAAAGUCUGACUCCUGCUCCGUUGUCCACCAAAAGCUUCACCUUCUUCAACUCCAUGAGUCCAUUGUCUUCUCAGUCCAUGUUCUCUGGUCCAAGCUCAAUCUCUUCCAUGAGCAUGCCAUCUGGUAUGGGACACUCCGCUGUUCCUGGUAUGCCAAACUCAAGUCUAAAUAACAUCAAUAAUCUUAACAACAUAAGCAGUUCUUCGCUCAACUCAGCGAUGUCCUCAACGGACACAGUUUACAGAGACACUUGUAAUUCCAGUUUGGCCAGCCUUAGACUUAAAUCCAAGCAACAUUCAACUUUUGGAUACAGCAGCUUACAAAGCCCAGGAUCUAGUUUGAACGCAUGUCAGUAUAAUAGUUGA